UACAAACUGAACUGUUGAAAACGUCAAGCUGGGCUUAAGUAGAUUGGAUGGCAACGAGUUUACAGAUGUCGAAAACACGCAAAGCGAUCCCAAGUUCUUCAAGCACCACAAAUUUUAUCGACAAUGAGGACAUAUCUCUGGAAGAUGUGGCCAAGGACGACAAAGUAUUCUCUGACGACCUGACACUUGCUUGGGGAUGGAACACCUUUAAACCAAAGUGGUUACAAUGGCUAAACUCGCCCAAAUGGUGUUUAUUUUUCAUUUGCUGUUUUUCUACUCUUCAAGGUAUGGCUGUCAAUACCUUCAUUAACCUCUCUCUACCUACUCUUGAAAAGCGCUUCAAKCUUUCCAGCAAGCAGACAGGAUUCAUCGUUGCAGCCAAUGAUAUCCCUGCUGUUAUUCUAACUCUCUUUGUUGGAUUUUUUGGCGGGUAUGGACACAAGACCAAAUGGCUUGGCUACGGAGGCAUACUAACUGGAGUAUCGGCUUUGGUUUUUGCUUUCCCUAAGCUUAUUGUUGGGAAAUAUAAUCCUACAUUACUGUCUUCAGCAAGCACGACUCUGUGCAAAGCUAGUAACGCAACACUCAGCAACAUAGACUGUACUAAUAGUGAUGCAAACGACUUCAAUUUCAACUUCUUCAUGUUCGUCCUUGCUCAGCUAUUAGCAGGGGCCGGUUCCACACCACUCUUCUCACUAGGACCAGCCUACCUGGACGAAAAUGUACAUCCAAAACACAUGUCUGCGUACCUGGGGUUCUUUUACCUCUCCUCGCUGCUUGGUCCGGGAAUGGGUUCUAUCAUUGGGGGACAACUAUUGUCAAUUUAUGUUGACUUUGUCAUGCCUGCUGGUUUAAAUUUGACCCCAAAGGAUUAUGGUUGGAUCGGAGCUUGGUGGCUUGGACCAACCGCUUGUGGCAUUAUUCUUAUUCUUGAUGGUAUAAUUUUGUUGGGUUUUCCUCGUAAACUGCCUGGUUCGGAUGCCAUGCGCAAAGAAGCUCUUGCCAAAGGCUUUAUUAAAAAGGACAAGAUAGCAACAAGUGGUUUUAAGAAUUUUUGGCCCCACUUCAAGGCAUUGCUAACUAACUGGACUUAUAUGUUCCAGAACUUCGCUUUUCUAAGCGGCACAAUCAUAGGCUUUGGUAUUGGUCCAUUUAUCUUCAAGUUUCUCAUUGGAAGGUACGGCGCUAGUCCAUUUGAAGCUGGAGUCGGUAUCACAGUCCUUCUUCUACCGAGUACAACGUUGGGGAUUUGCAUAGGUUCUAUUAUUGUAAGAAAACUUGGUGCCCGUGACUCAUGUCGACGAGCAGCAAAGGCGGCCUUCUUACUACAGCUCGUAGGGAUCUGGGGCGCGCCAAUUUUCUUAAUUCCCGGAUGUGAUUAUGCUCGAUACGCAGGCUCAGACGAUGGCUAUGUUAACAGUUCCUUAGUCAAACUCACAGACCAUUGUAACAAAGAUUGUUAUUGUUCACCGUCUCUGUUCAGACCACUUUGUGGACCAAAUGGAAAAAGCUACUUUUCACCAUGUUUUGCAGGAUGCAAYCAUCAUAUACCUAAUAAGGGGUAUACCAAUUGCACUUGUGUAAGUCGCUUGCUGAAUAAAACAUCGAUGAUUGAGGACCAUGCUAUCCUCACUGAAGGYGCUUGCCAUCAACAYUGUCCUCGUGUUAAUCUGUAUGGCUUCGUCCUUGGAAGUUUCCUCAUGAUUACAGCUGGAUUUCUGAACGUUAUUCCCAGCAAGACAGUCACAUUGAGGUGCGUAUCAGAGAGUCAACGUUCCUUAGCUCUAGCAAUGCAGUUUUUAUUCUUGCGUCUGCUUUCUGGCAUUCCUUCGCCGGUUUUGGUUGGCGCCAUGAUCGACGCUACGUGUACAUUAUGGAAUACAAAGUGUAACGUUAAUCAAAACUGUUUGAACUACGACUACAGCAAACUGGGAAGGAUUAUAGUGACAAUGGGAGCUCCUUCACAAUUUUUGUCUCUGAUUUUCUUUGGAUUGUCUUGGCAUUGCAGUAAAGACAGCACUGAUUCAACUACUAUCGCURGCAAAGCAGGCAUUGAAAACRAAGGCGCAGACUUAAAUGACAACUUAGAACUGAACAAGCUYAAUGAUCGCCGACCUCGUUCAGAGUCCAUAGUAACAUCCUUCUGAAUAAUCGAGACRCCAUUGUAACAAAGAACUUUUAUUAUUUCGUACGUAUACAACACGCGCCAACUCCCAAGCGCGUUCCCAGGCCCAGUGUGAAAAUCCCUGUUUAAACCACAGGGUACCCACGAGAUAAAAAUAUAAAAUCUACAUGCAUAUACCUUAUUAGCAUUACAAUACUGAGGAUUUUCUAUAAGAAACUAAUAAAAUAUAGACUUUAUUGAAUCAUGAUUACAAAAUAAAAGU